AUGCCUACCAUUGAAAUUCUGGAGAGCAUCUUCGCUCGCUUCGGAAACCCGGAGACACUGGUUAGCGACAAUGGACGCCAGUUCAUCAGCGGGCAGUUCGAGGGGUUCUGUGACACCAAAGGCAUACUGCACCUGAAGACGCCACCUUUCCACCCACAAUCUAAUGGACUUGCAGAAAGAUUCGUUGACACGUUCAAGCGAACUCUCAAGAAAAUUACGGCGGGAGGAGAGGGUCUCACCGAAGCAAUCAACACCUUCUUGUUAUGCUAUCGUUCUACGCCCUGCCGAAGCGCUCCCGAGGGAAAAUCACCUGCCGAGAUAAUGCUUGGUAGAACGAUACGCACUUCGCUCGAUCUGCUCAGACCACCAACUGCACCUCACAAAACAGAUCACUCCAAGCAGGACGACCAGUACAACCGCAAGCAUGGAAGUAAAGAAAUCAGGUACAAUUCUAAGGACCUGGUUUGGGCCAAGGUCUUCAAGAACAACAGUUGGAGCUGGGAAGCUGGUCAAAUUCUCGAACGCAUUGGGAACGUGAUCUACAACGUUUGGUUGGAGCAUAAGAAGACGCUAAUUCGAUCGCACUGUAACCAACUCCGUAAGCGAUGUGAGUCGGAUGAAACUGAAACAGCUGAUGAGAGGCAGCCUACGCAAGUCCCACUUGACAUUCUACUAGAGUCAUGGGGCCUGGAUCGAAGUUCAACAGACGAAACUGAAUCGAUCUUCUAA